ACUGGCCCUGGAUCCUGCAAGAGGUUUGGGGAUCAAGGGCUUUUGCCAGCGGGCCCCGGCCUGAGGCCGCGUGUGGAUCAAGGCACGUGAGGUCUGCUAAGGCCAUGGCAAGUAGAACCCUGGCCCUGUGUGAGGUGAGGCCUGGUUGCCAGGUGACUGUCCGUGGCAGCCACCUGCUGUCAGAAGGACUCUGCUUGCUGUGCUCACCCCUCAGCUGCAGCCGCCCCGAUACCUGUCCUGCCCUUGCUACCAUGUCGCGGCAACUCAACAUGGAUACGCUGCGGCAGAACUUCUGGAAGGAGGAAUAUCUGCGGGAGAAGAUGUUGCGCUGUGAAUGGCACCACAAGUACGGGUCGAUGGUGAAGGCCAAGCAGAAGGCUAAGGCUGCAACCCGCCUACCCCUCACACUGCCCACCCUGCACCCCAAAGCCCCACGCUCACCCCCACCUGCCCCCAAAGCGGUGCCUUCCAAGGGCCCCAGCCCUCCCCCGGAGACGCCUAUUCAGUCAGAAAUGUAUCCAGUACUGCCCGCCACCCGGGCCCUGCUGUAUGAAGGCAUCUCCCACGACUUCCAGGGGCGCUACCGCUACCUCAACACCCGAAAACUGGACAUGCCAGAGAUGCGCUACCUCUUCCCCAUCACCACCAACUUCACGUACGGCUGGCAGCUGGGACCCCCGGUGAAGCAAGAACUGGUCUCCUGUAAGAUGUGCCGCAUCGAAUCAUUCUUCCGAAAGAAUGGGGCCUUCACGGUGCUGGACCCCCGUGAUCUGGCUCUCUGACCUUGGCCUGGCAGUGGAGUUAGGGGAGGGCAGAAGAAAUAACAGGCCUCCUCGCGGGGCUGAACUGC